GUACAUUUCGUCUUCUUUCUCCGCCGCCGCCGUGCCCAAACCCGCCCAAACCCUAACCCUAAUUAAAGUAGGUAGGUAGGCGAGGCAGGCGAAGAAGAAGAAGAGAGAAGAGAGAGAGACAGAUCGGGCGGCGGCGGCGCGAUGAAGUACAACCCGCGCGUGUCGAGCUCGCGGCGGAAGUGCCGGAAGGCGCACUUCUCGGCGGCGUCGAGCGUGCGUCGGGUGCUGAUGAGCGCGCCGCUGUCGUCGGAGCUGCGGAGCAAGUACGGCGUGCGGUCGAUGCCGGUGCGGAAGGACGACGAGGUGCAGGUGGUGCGGGGCACCUUCAAGGGCCGCGAGGGCAAGGUCGUCCAGGUCUACCGCCGCAGGUGGGUCGUCCAUGUCGAGCGCAUCACCCGCGAGAAGGUCAACGGCUCCACCGUCAACGUCGGCAUCGUCCCCUCCAAGGUCGUCCUCACCAAGCUCAAGCUCGACAAGGACCGCAAGGCCCUCCUCGACCGCAAGUCCCGCGGCCGCGCCGCCGACAAGGCCAAGUCCAAGUUCACAGCCGACGACGUCGCCGCCGCCGCCGCCGCCGCCGCACCAUCCCUCCAGGAGGUCGACUGAUCCCCUCCUCUAUUACGGUCUAGGGUCCUCUUCCCCUUUUUCCCCUCCUCUUCUUCUUCUUCUUCUUCUUCUUCUUUUUUCCUUGAUGAUGAAAUUGCGUUUGUUGAA